AUGCCGGCGUUUUAUGGAGGAAAGCUCACGACCUUCGAGGACGAUGAGAAGGAGAGCGAGUAUGGUUACGUUCGCAAGGUUUCAGGGCCUGUUGUUGUUGCCGAUGGUAUGGCUGGUGCUGCUAUGUACGAAUUAGUCCGUGUUGGUCAUGAUAAUUUGAUUGGAGAAAUCAUCCGUCUUGAAGGAGAUUCUGCCACGAUCCAAGUUUACGAGGAAACUGCUGGAUUGACGGUUAAUGACCCUGUUCUUCGAACUCACAAGCCACUUUCUGUGGAGCUUGGACCAGGAAUAUUGGGAAAUAUUUUCGAUGGAAUUCAGAGGCCUUUGAAGACUAUUGCAAGAAUAUCUGGUGAUGUGUACAUCCCUCGUGGUGUGUCUGUCCCAGCUCUUGACAAAGAUUGUCCUUGGGAGUUCCAGCCGAAUAAAUUUGUUGAGGGAGACACAAUAACUGGUGGUGAUUUGUAUGCUACCGUAUUCGAGAACACUCUGAUGACACACCAUGUUGGCGCUCCUCCAGAUGCCAUGGGAAAGAUCACUUACAUUGCUCCAGCUGGUCAAUAUUCCCUAAAGGAUACAGUACUAGAGCUUGAAUUCCAAGGGGUCAAGAAAUCGUACACCAUGCUUCAGAGCUGGCCUGUACGUACGCCUAGGCCAGUUGCAUCAAAGCUUGCUGCCGAUACUCCUCUACUUACGGGACAGCGUGUCCUUGAUGCCCUUUUCCCCUCGGUUCUUGGUGGAACCUGUGCCAUUCCUGGUGCUUUUGGCUGUGGGAAAACUGUUAUCAGUCAGGCACUUUCCAAGUACUCCAACUCUGACGCCGUUGUUUACGUUGGUUGUGGAGAGAGAGGAAAUGAAAUGGCUGAGGUUCUCAUGGACUUCCCACAAUUGACUAUGACGUUGCCUGAUGGUCGUGAGGAAUCUGUCAUGAAACGUACUACACUUGUUGCCAACACCUCUAACAUGCCUGUGGCUGCUCGUGAAGCCUCAAUUUACACAGGAAUCACUAUUGCUGAGUAUUUUAGAGAUAUGGGGUACAAUGUUAGUAUGAUGGCAGACUCAACUUCCCGUUGGGCCGAAGCAUUGAGAGAAAUUUCAGGACGGCUGGCUGAAAUGCCUGCCGACAGUGGAUAUCCUGCGUAUCUAGCAGCACGUUUAGCUUCUUUCUAUGAACGUGCUGGUAAAGUAAAAUGUCUUGGUGGACCAGAACGUGAUGGAAGUGUCACAAUUGUUGGUGCUGUUUCACCUCCUGGUGGAGACUUUUCAGAUCCUGUGACUUCUGCAACCCUUAGUAUUGUGCAGGUCUUCUGGGGUUUGGACAAAAAGCUUGCCCAGAGAAAACAUUUCCCUUCUGUUAAUUGGCUGAUUUCCUACUCUAAGUAUUCGACGGCAUUGGAAUCUUUCUAUGACAAGUUCGAUCCAGACUUCAUCAACAUCAGGACAAAGGCAAGAGAGGUGUUGCAGAGGGAAGACGAUCUUAAUGAAAUUGUCCAGCUUGUAGGAAAAGAUGCGCUAGCGGAAGGUGACAAAAUCACCUUGGAAACAGCUAAGCUAUUGAGGGAAGACUACCUUGCUCAAAACGCCUUUACAGCAUAUGACAAAUUCUGCCCUUUCUACAAGUCCGUGUGGAUGAUGCGUAACAUUAUCCAUUUCUACAACCUAGCCAAUCAGGCGGUUGAAAGAGCAGCUGGAAUGGACGGUCAAAAGAUUACAUACACUCUCAUCAAGCAUCGGUUGGGAGAUCUUUUCUACCGUUUAGUGUCUCAGAAGUUCGAAGACCCAGCAGAAGGAGAGGAUGCGCUGGUGGAAAAAUUCAAGAAACUGUACGAUGAUCUCACCGCUGGAUUCCGUGCCUUGGAGGAUGAAUCUCGGUAA